AAUGAGCAUCUGUACUCGAUCCAGGCGUUGGUAAACAAAACCUUUACACAUCGGUUCUAAAACAAACAAACCAAAAAUGGCAUACUGAUACACCAAUAUCGGAGUUGUUAAUAUCAUUUUAAUUUAAGGUGAGUGUUUUCGAAAUGCUACCGAGGCUUCGCGACUUCAGAUCAAUGAACUGUCAACACUGAUAGAACAGGCGUAACGCGAAUUCAUUGCGGCUAGAAUGAGAAACGAGAAGGAUAGCGCUAGUCAAGGCAAAACAUCGUGGUCUAUUGUGGUAUUUCCAUGUUCUAAGGAUUUUUGGUGAAUGUUUGUUUUUAGUGACGUUAAAGAUUAAUAGUGAUAGUUUGCGACAAUUAUUAUAAACAUUUUUAUGUCUGACAGUCUUCAAGAGCUGCUGUUUUAUGUGAUAUUUGUUUAAAAAUGGUUGAAUCUUGCAGUGCGGUGAAUUGUCGCAAUAGACGCAGAAAAGAUGUGACAAUGAAGUUUUACAGGAUACCUACAGAUCCUAACAUGAGGAAGUUGUGGUUACAUGCUAUAAGGAGAGAAAACUUUACUCCCAGUACAACAACGGCAAUUUGUGAAAAGCGUUUCACUCCAGAGGAUUAUGAACUCAUCUCAAGAAAGAACCUAGCCAUCGAAGGGUUUUGAAAAGAAAACAUGAAUACAUAAUUUCUAGAAUGAACUAUGGUAUAACCUAUAUUGUAUUAUAAUGAAAAACUGUGCAUCUACAGUAUUGUUAAUGCCAUUGUGCACAAAUAUUUUGUAUACAUAUAUA